CAGUCUUCAACUUUCCACAUUGAAAUAAACACCGACAAAUUCCCAAUUUCUCAAACUACUCUCAACUUUGGCGCUGGGAAAACUGAAAACCGUAAAAGCGCAUUGCCGAUGUCGAUCUGCAGCUCGUCAUCGUCAUCGUCAUCGUCAUCGUCAAGUUCUACAAAAUCAUGGAUCCUUCACGGUUUAGCUGUGGGAGCUGCAGUAGCCGUAGCUCUCGGCGCUCGCGCUUACCUCGCCCGAUCCAGCAAGUUUCGGAGCCGGGUCAUAGGAAUUAUACCCGCCCGUUUUGCUUCUACUCGAUUUCAAGGAAAACCCCUCGUUCAAAUUCUCGGCAAGCCCAUGAUCCAGAGAACAUGGGAAAGGGCAAAGCUUGCUGAGACAUUGGAUCAAGUUGUUGUGGCAACAGAUGAUGAAAAGAUAGCUGAGUGCUGUCGGAGUUUCGGUGCUGAAGUGAUAAUGACUGCUGAAUCAUGUAGAAAUGGAACUGAGCGUUGUACCCAAGCUCUGGAAAAACUUGGUAAGAAGUAUGACAUUGUUGUUAAUAUACAAGGAGAUGAACCUCUUAUUGAACCUGAAAUAAUUGAUGGUAUCGUCAAAGCCCUGCAGGCUGCACCGGAUGCAGUCUUUAGCACUGCUGUGACGUCCUUGAAACCUGAGGAUGCAUUUGAUCCAAAUCGUGUAAAAUGUGUGGUUGACAAUCGUGGUUAUGCAAUAUAUUUUUCACGAGGGCUUAUCCCUUAUAACAAGUCAGGCAAGGUUAAUCCUCAGUUUCCUUACUUGCUGCACCUCGGGAUCCAGAGCUAUGAUACAAAGUUCCUGAAAAUAUAUCCAGAGCUGACGCCAACACCAUUGCAACUAGAAGAAGAUCUUGAACAGCUAAAGGUCCUUGAGAAUGGAUACAAAAUGAAGGUUAUUAAAGUUGACCAUGAGACCCACGGUGUUGACACCCCGGAAGAUGUAGAGAAGAUAGAGCGGUUCAUGCGUGAAAGAAACUUGGCUUAGAGCAAAGAUAGUUAUUUUUUUGAUAGCUUAUGCGACUCCUAGAGCUAUAAAGGUGGAGUUCUUUGGUUUCCAUUUGCACUUUGAAUUAACACGUCAUUUGUCUUCCAGAGUUAUUUUUGUAAAGAAAAAGAAAUAGGAACUUACUGUAUCAAUCCUGCAAAUAGUUCAUAUUUAGUGUUCUGUGAUGUGUAUGUUUCACUUAGGUAUUCAUUGCUGUGCUAAGGUUGUGUAUUCUUAUUCUUUAAUUGGUGGAAGUUAGAUUUCGUCGACAGACAACCCUCUCUAUGUAUGCCCAUAGUUAAGGUUGAGGGCUGUUACUGGAAGCUAUUUUGAGAUAAUAUUUGCCGGGAUUGUUUAUUGUUGUAUCUUCCAUGAGUUUGAACAACAUUUUCUGCUUUGUUUUGUUAUUGGAAAUACUUGAAUACGUUUGAGCUUA